CAGCAGCCGCUGUCUACUGAGCAACGACUGUAUGCCAGGCUUCUGUCCGAAAGGAGGAGGGCCAGAGAUGGAUGACUAUAUGGAGACACUGAAGGAUGAGGAGGAUGCCUUGUGGGAGAAUGUGGAGUGCAAUCGGCACAUGCUGAGUCGCUACAUCAACCCAGCCAAGCUCACCCCAUACCUGCGCCAGUGUAAGGUCAUCGAUGAGCAGGAUGAAGACGAAGUGCUCAAUGCACCCAUGUUGCCUUCCAAGAUCAACCGGGCAGGCCGACUGUUGGACAUUCUACAUACCAAGGGCCAAAGGGGCUACGUGGUCUUCUUGGAGAGCCUGGAAUUUUACUACCCGGAACUGUACAAACUGGUGACUGGAAAGGAGCCUACCCGGAGAUUCUCUACCAUUGUGGUGGAGGAGGGCCACGAGGGCCUCACGCACUUCCUCAUGAACGAGGUCAUCAAGCUGCAGCAGCAGAUGAAGGCCAAGGACCUACAGCGGUGCGAGCUCCUGGCCAAGUCGCGACAGCUGGAGGACGAGAAGAAGCAGCUGACGCUGACUCGAGUGGAGCUGCUGACCUUCCAGGAGCGGUACUACAAGAUGAAGGAGGAGCGCGACAGCUACAACGACGAGCUGGUCAAGGUGAAGGAUGACAACUACAACUUGGCCAUGCGCUACGCCCAGCUCAGUGAAGAAAAGAACAUGGCGGUCAUGAGGAGCCGAGACCUCCAGCUCGAGAUUGACCAACUAAAGCAUCGGUUGAAUAAGAUGGAGGAGGAGUGCAAGCUGGAGAGGAACCAGUCUCUGAAACUCAAGAAUGACAUUGAGAAUCGUCCCAAGAGGGAGCAAGUUCUGGAGCUGGAGCGGGAGAAUGAGAUGCUAAAGACCAAAAUCCAGGAGCUGCAGUCCAUCAUCCAGGCCGGGAAGCGCAGCCUGCCGGACUCGGACAAGGCCAUCUUGGACAUCCUGGAGCAUGACCGCAAGGAGGCUCUGGAGGACCGGCAGGAGCUCGUCAACAAGAUCUACAACCUGCAGGAGGAGGUCCGCCAGGCAGAGGAGCUACGGGACAAGUACCUGGAGGAGAAGGAGGACCUGGAGCUCAAGUGCUCGACGCUGGGCAAGGACUGUGAGAUGUACAAGCACCGCAUGAAUACGGUCAUGCUGCAGCUGGAGGAGGUGGAGCGCGAGCGGGACCAGGCCUUCCAUUCCCGGGAUGAAGCGCAGACCCAGUACUCACAGUGCUUAAUCGAAAAGGACAAGUACAGGAAGCAGAUCCGAGAGCUGGAGGAGAAGAACGAUGAGAUGAGGAUUGAGAUGGUCCGGCGGGAAGCCUGCAUCGUCAACCUGGAGAGCAAGCUCCGGCGUCUCUCCAAGGACAGCAACAGCCUGGACCAGAGUCUGCCCAGGAACCUGCCGGUGGCCAUCUCUCAGAACUUCGGGGACGCCAGCCCCAGGACCAACGGGCAGGAAGCUGACGACUCGUCCACGUCGGAGGAGUCCCCGGAAGACAGCAGAUACUUCCUGCCCUACCACCCCCCCAAGCGCAGGAUGAAUCUGAAGGGCAUCCAGCUGCAGAGAGCCAAAUCCCCCAUCAGCCUGAAGCGAACCUCAGAUUUCCAAGGGAGAGGCCAUGAAGAAGAAGGCAUGGACGCCAGCCCCAGCUCCUCCAGAUCCCUGCCCAUCACCAACUCCUUCUCCAAGAUGCAACCCCACCGAAGCCGCUCCAGCAUCAUGUCCAUCACGGCCGAGCCCCCCGGAAACGACUCUAUCCUCAGGCGCUACAAGGAAGACGCGCCUCACCGCAGCACAGUCGAGGAAGACAAUGACAGUGGCGGGUUCGAUGUCUUGGACUUUGACGACGACAGUCACGAUCGCUGCUCCUUCGGACCCCCGUCCGUCCACUCCUCCUCCUCUUCCCACCAGUCCGAGGGUCUGGACGCCUAUGACCUGGAGCAAGUCAACCUCAUGUUUAGAAAGUUCUCUCUAGAAAGGCCCUUCCGGCCGUCUGUCACGUCCGUGGGGCACGUGCGGGGUCCCGGGCCCUCGGUGCAGCACACCACGCUGAACGGCGACAGCCUCAUCUCACAGCUCACCCUGCUCGGGGGCAACGCGCGAGGGAGCUUCGUCCACACGGUCAAGCCGGGCUCCCUGGCCGAGAAGGCUGGCCUCCGCGAGGGCCACCAGCUGCUGCUGCUGGAGGGCUGCAUCAAGGGCGAGCGGCAGAGCGUCCCGUUGGACACGUGCACAAAGGAGGAGGUGCACUGGACCAUCCAGAGAUGCAGCGGCCCCAUCACACUGCACUAUAAGGUCAACCAGGAAGGGUACCGGAAGCUGCUGAAGGACAUGGAGGAGGGCCUGAUCACCUCGGGGGACUCCUUCUACAUCCGGCUGAACCUGAACAUCUCCAGCCAGCUGGAUGCCUGCUCCCUGUCCCUGAAGUGUGAUGACGUUGUGCAUGUCCGCGACACCAUGUACCAGGACAGGCAUGAGUGGCUGUGCGCGCGGGUCGACCCUUUCACGGACCACGACCUGGACGCGGGCACCAUACCCAGCUACAGCCGAGCCCAGCAACUCCUCCUGGUCAAGCUGCAACGUCUGAUGCACAGGGGCAGCCGAGAGGAGGCGGACACCACCCACCACACCCUGAGGGCGCUCCGGAACACCCUGCAGCCCGAAGAGCCACUUUCCACCAGUGACCCCCGGGUCAGUCCCCGUCUCUCUCGAGCAAGUUUCCUUUUUGGCCAACUCCUUCAGUUUGUCAGCAGGUCUGAGAACAAGUACAAGAGAAUGAACAGCAAUGAGCGAGUCCGUAUUGUCUCGGGGAGCCCACUGGGAAGCCUGGCCCGGACGUCCCUGGAUGCCACCAAACUCUUGACUGAGAAGCAGGAAGAGCUGGACCCCGAGAGUGAGCUCAGCAAGAACCUCAGCCUGAUCCCCUACAGCCUGGUGCGUGCCUUCCACUGUGAGCGCCGCCGGCCCGUCCUCUUCACGCCCACCAUGCUGGCCAAGGUGCUGGUCCAGAAGCUGCUCAACUCGGGGGGCGCGAUGGAGUUCACCAUGUGCAAGCCAGAUGUUGUCACUAGAGAUGAGUUCCUCAGGAAGCAGAAGAUGGAGACCAUCAUCUACUCCCGAGAGAAGAACCCCAACACUUUCGAAUGCAUUGUUCCCGCCAACAUUGAAGCUGUGGCCGCCAAGGACAAACACUGUCUGCUGGAGGCUGGAAUCAGCUGCACCAGAGACUUGAUCAAGUCCAGGAUCUACCCCAUCGUGCUCUUCAUUCGGGUGUCGGAGAAGAACAGCAAGAGGUUCAGGAAGAUGCUGCCGCGGCCCGAGACGGAGGAGGAAUUCCUGCGGCUGUGCCGGCUGAAGGAGAAGGAGCUAGAAGCCUUACCCUGCCUGUACUCCACGGUGGAAGCCGACAUGUGGGGCAGCGUGGAGGAGCUGCUCCGUGUCCUCAAAGACAAGAUCAGCGAGGAGCAGCGCAAGACCGUCUGGGUGGAUGAGGACCAGCUGUGAGGCGGGCCCCUGGAGUCUGAGCGCAGCUCCCAGGGGUGUCCGGACCCCAGCGGGCAGUGCUGUGGGGGCGAGGGGGCUCCGUCCACCCCGUUAUGGGGACCCCCACCCCCAGCGAGCCCUGGGGCAGACGCAGCUGCAGGGACAGACACUCUCCGGUGGGA